AUGAAGCCAGGAGGAGCAUUUGCACUAAAUACGCAUGCAACAUCAUAUGUACCACUCUCCAAAAAAGUUGAUUGUGAUGAUAUGGAUGGUUUGGCCACACAUAGCGUGCAUGAACAACAACAGAUAUUCAUUCCCAAGACAUUGUCUGAAAUGGCAUACAAGCAGAUAAGAGAUGAUGAUGAUUUGGAUAUAGACAUGGAUAUUGAAUACCUUCUCGUCACAUUCUCUGGUCUCUCACAAGAGUCUAUAACUGAUGUAUACCUGGCCAAUGGAGCUGAUCUUGAAGAAACCUUUGAGAUGCUGAAUCACUUUGAGAUAUACAGCACUGAAACUAAAGAAAACCUCCCUGAGAUGCUGGAUCUUGGGGAUCUCUCUGAAACGGGGCCUUCAACCUCAAAGGCUUCAGCACAAAAGACGGCAGCUACAGAAGUCGCUGUAUCACCACCAUUGGAUAUUCCCAGUGCAAUUGUAUCGGCCUGA